AUGGCUAUCCGGCGAGCUCUCGCAGCUCUGCCCACUCGCAUUCCCUCAAUUCGACCCGCAACCCGAGCAGUCGCCUUGACACAGCAACGCUUCGACUCCUCCUCCUCCACCUCCGCCCUCGCCUACAAAGCGCUCCACCGCCGCAUCGCCCCUCUCCCCACCUCAGACGCCCCCUCCGCCUGGUCCGCUCCUGCAGCCGUCAGCAGCAUCCUCUACGAGACACCGCUCCCCUCACAAGCUCCGCCCAAACGGCACAUCCUCAAUUGCCUCGUGCAAAACGAGCCCGGUGUCCUCUCGCGUGUAUCCGGCAUCCUCGCCGCGCGCGGCUUCAACAUCGACUCGCUGGUCGUCUGCAACACCGAGGUCGACGACCUGAGCCGCAUGACCAUCGUGCUACAGGGCCAGGACGGUGUCGUCGAGCAAGCGCGGCGGCAGCUGGAAGAUCUGGUGCCCGUGUGGGCCGUGCUCGACUACACAGGUGCACCGCUAGUGCAGCGAGAGCUGUUGCUGGCGAAAGUAUCCAUCCUCGGCCCCGAGUAUUUCGAGGAGCUGCUCGCGCAUCAUAGGGAGAUGGUCGGAGCUCCAGAGAGCCUGGAAUCCGAGGACCUCCUUGAGUCAGACGCAGCGGACGGCGAUAUCGCAGAAGGAGCGAUGCGCAGACAGGCGUCACAGGGCGCCAGGGAUGACUUCCAUCCGUCGAGGUUGGCGGUCAGCCAGGCGCUGAGGCAUAAGCAUGAGCAUUUGGAGGCUAUUACGCAUCUCACGCAUCAGUUUGGCGGGAAGGUGCUGGAUAUUAGUACGAAUAACUGCAUUGUGGAAAUCUCGGCUAAGCCGACGAGGAUUGACAGCUUUUUGAAGCUUGUUGCGCCCUUUGGCAUUCUGGAGAGUGCUCGGACUGGUUUGAUGGCCCUCCCGCGGUCACCCCUGCAUGGCCCCAACGAGGUCGAGGAGAAGGAGGCACAAGACGUUGUUGAUGCGAGCCAGCUGCCGCCCGGUUAA